AUGGGAGGAGUCAAGAAGUUUCUCGAUGCCUGCCAGGCAGGCGUGGCCUGCUGUACGACAGCAUGGGACUACCCGACCGCGUUACUGUGCGAGAAAGCCGGCAUCGACCUGGUCCUGAUCGGGGACAGCCUGGCGAUUGUGGCAUUGGGCCAGGACUCCACGAAUUACGCCACCCUGGACGAGAUGAUAUAUCAUUGCAAAGCCGUGGCACGGGGUGCGAAGUCGCCUCUCUUGCUGGGCGACAUGCCCAUGGGGACGUACGAGGUGUCGGAUGAACAAGCCGCGACAAACGCCCUCAGACUGGUCAAAGAAGGCCGCUGCGACGCGAUCAAGCUGGAAGGGGGUGCCGACAUGGCCUCCCGGGUCAAGGCGAUCGUGAAAGCCGGCGUGCCUGUCAUCGGACACAUCGGCCUGACGCCCCAGACGAACACCUCCGGCGCCAGCGCCUACGGGCUCACCGCUGAAGAGAGCGAAAGCACGCUCAAAGAUGCACUGGCGCUGCAAGAAGCCGGCGCCAUUGCGGUCGUCCUGGAGGCGGUGGCAGGCCCGGCAGCGGCGUGGAUUACAUCGAAACUGAAGAUGCCCACGAUCGGGAUCGGGUGCGGCCCAAACACCUCCGCCCAAAUCACGGUGCAGUCCGAGCUGCUGGGCUACGAGAACUCGUUGUUCGCCGCCGUAUGGCACAAGAAAUACGCCACAGUCGGCCAGACCUCGAUCGAGGCCAUGAAGCAGUACAAGCGCGAGGUGGCGGCGCGGACGUUCCCGGAGGCCAAGCAUGGAUAUGAGAUGCCCGCCGAAGAGGUGGAGAAGAUGAAGGCUUUGCAGAUCUAG